GGGCUCCAGUGGGGGCCUCUCGCUGCUCCCUGGUGACACAGUGUCUUCCUUCUUCCCAGGCCAGCUAACAGGAUCGGGGAGCCAUGAACUGGAGCGCGUUCGAGGGGCUCCUCAGCGGGGUCAACAAAUACUCCACAGCCUUCGGCCGCAUCUGGCUCUCCCUCGUCUUCAUCUUCCGCCUGCUGGUCUACGUGGUGGCGGCCGAGCGGGUCUGGAGCGACGACCACAAGGACUUUGACUGCAACACUCUGCAGCCGGGCUGCACCAACGUCUGCUUCGACCACUUCUUCCCCGUGUCCCACAUCCGCCUCUGGGCCCUGCAGCUCAUCCUGGUGACGUGUCCGUCCCUCCUGGUCAUCAUGCACGUGGCCUACCGGGAGGCCAAGGCGCAGAGGCUGCGUGAGGCCGGCGGGGACGGCUGCCACCGCCGCCUCUUCACCGACCCCGGCAAGAAGCGGGGCGGGCUGUGGUGGACGUACCUGCUCAGCCUCAUCUUCAAGGCCGGCGUGGACGUGGUCUUCCUCUACAUCUUCUACCGCCUCUACAGGAACUACACCCUGCCCCGGCUGGUGAAGUGCGAGCUGCCCCCCUGCCCCAACGUGGUGGACUGCUUCAUCUCCCGGCCCACCGAGAAGAACAUCUUCACCCUCUUCAUGGUGGUCACCGCCUGCGUCUGCGUCGUGCUGAGCCUCGCCGAGGCCGCCUACCUGAUCGGCAAGCGGUGCCGGGAGUGCCUGCAGGCUGGUGGUGGGCAGAGCCGGCGGCACAGCCAGGACUGCCCGCUGCCCGGCGCCGAGCCCGUGGGCACGGCGGGACAGGUUUUCCAUGGGGCGGACUACAAACCCCCCACGGCCACCAUCCCACCCACGGCGUCCUGCCCCAGCACGGCGUCCGAGGAGGAGGCUCUUUCCUAGGGCUGCCCAGGAGAAAGCAGGAGCCUCUCACCUGCCGGGCACCUUCAUCCCCCUCUUCCUCCUCCGCCCCCCGGCGCAGGAGCGCUGGUGGGGGCAGCGCCCUGGAGUUGGGCUGGGCCUGAGGAGUCUCUGCUUCUCCUGUUCUGGGGAAGACACAUGACAUCGUCCUGCUGAAUUUGGGGUAAACCACGUGCUGUAGGACACAUGCAGUGCCCGAGAGCCACAGGGACCAGCAGCUCCGUGGCAGCUGUGAACUGGCAGCAGUGCCCAGACUUUGAGCUGGAAAGACACCCUGAUCCCCCAAGGAACCCAUCUCCCUGUCCCUCAGCCUAAAUCAGCCACAGUGUGGGUGCCAGGGCCAUCUCAGACUGAUGCAACCGUCAUUAAUAACACUCAUUAGCCGAGUGGGGACAAGAGCAGGUCCCUGGUGCCGCAGCCACCGCGGGGAAGCGCAGGCGUGAGGAUCCGGCCGGGCAGGCAGCACCCACCGUGGGCUGCUGGAUCAUCCUGCCUGGCCAGAGGACAACACCCCAGCAAAACAGCUGAGUACAGGAGAGGAAAAACACCCCAACCAUUGAUUAAACAGUAACAUUAAAUGGCAGAAUCUGAUCUCAGUUAUUGCUGUAAUGUGUCGCGCUGGGCCGUGACGUGAGCGGCACUGUCCUUUUGGAGGCCAUCACCAAGCAUUAGCUGGGAUGAAUAAUUCACAACAAUUUCAUGGCAA